UCAAACACAGCUGUACUUGUUCAAUCACACUCACUCCUGUCACCUUGUCUGGGAACAUCCCACAGUCAGCUCGUUCUUGCGGGACUAAUCAGCACAUUUAUUACUACUGACUUUCACUAGAAAUGACUUUACUUAGGUGAUCUACGAGAGAGGUUUUAUUGCUGACCCCGGGGAUUCUCGGACUCACCGCGCGCUGACCAGCAGCAGCUUCGCAAACUUGUUCGUUCACAUCGUCUCUGAGGACUCCACCGAAGCGGCGAUGGAGCAUCACCGGUGCUUUUACGCGCUUAUUUUAACGCUGAUGUCUUGUGUUCAUUAUUCCCUGAGCAUGGAGAGAAAUAAGGAUAUUCCAACAGAAAAACUACUUGUACUUACUGUUGCAACACAGGAGACGGAUGGCUUCCACCGCUUCAUGCAGUCAGCAAACUACUUCAAAUUCAAUGUGAAGGUUCUGGGGAUGGGAGAGGAGUGGAAGGGAGGUGAUGUGGGUCGAUCCAUCGGUGGAGGCCAGAAGGUUCGACUGCUAAAGGAAGCCAUGGAGUCUCUGGCUGACCAAGAGGACUUUGUGGUCUUAUUUGUGGACAGUUAUGACCUCAUCUUUGCUGGUGGACCUGAGGAGAUUCUCAGAAAGUUCCAGCAGACCAAUCAUAAGCUGGUGUUCGCUGCUGAGGGAAUCAUCUGGCCAGACUCUCGACUGGCAGAGAAGUAUCCUUCUGUCCGCAAUGGGAAACGAUUUCUUAACUCUGGAGGCUUUAUUGGCUACACUCGAUACAUUCAGAAGAUUGUGAACCAGUGGGACCUUCAUGAUAAUGAUGAUGAUCAGCUAUUCUACACAAAGAUCUACGUGGAUCCACUUCAGAGGGAAAAACUUAAUAUGACCUUGGACCACAAGUGUGAGAUUUUCCAGAAUUUGAACGGAGCCGUGGAUGAAGUUCUCCUGAAGUUUGGGAAGGAGCGAGUGCGAGUGAGAAACACUGUCUACAACAGUCUGCCAGCAAUUAUCCAUGGAAAUGUGAACACCAAGAUAUACUUCAAUUACUUGGCCAACUACAUCCCCAAUGUGUGGAACUAUGAGCAAGGCUGUACCAUCUGUGACCAAGACAUGGUGGAUUUGUCUCAGCUUAAAGAGUUUCCACAAGUGACUGUUGGUAUAUACAUUGAGCAACCAACUCCAUUCCUGACAGAGUUCCUGGAGAGGUUCCUGAGUCUAGAUUAUCCCAAAGAUAAACUGAAUGUCUUUGUUCAUAACAGUGAGGUUUACCAUGAGAAGCACAUACAGAAGUUUUGGGAAGAGAACAAGGAUGUAUUCCGCAGUUUUAAAGUUGUUGGCCCAGAGGAGACCUUAACUCAAGGAGAAGCAAGGAACAUGGGAAUUGAUUUGUGCCGGAAGGAUCUUUCUUGUGAUUAUUACUUCAGCAUUGAUGCAGAUGUGAUGCUCACCAACCGACAGACCAUAAAACUCCUCAUCGAGCAAAACAGAAAAAUAAUUGGCCCUCUUGUCACCCGUCAUGGAAAAUUGUGGUCCAACUUUUGGGGAGCCCUGAGCCUGGAUGGUUAUUAUGCAAGAUCUGAGGACUACAUUGACAUUGUGCAAGGAAAGCGUGUUGGUGUUUGGAACAUCCCCUUCAUGGCCCACAUCUACCUCAUAAAGGGCCAUACUUUGCGGAAUGAGCUCAAAGAGAGGAAUGUCUUUGUGCUGGAGAGAUUGGACCCCGACAUGGCCAUGUGCAGGAAUGCCAGAGACUUGACAGUACAGAGAGAAAGAGAAUCUCCUUCUCCGGAAUCAUUCCAUAUGCUCAGACCCCCACAGGGACUUUUCAUGUAUGUUACAAAUCGUCAUGAGUUUGGAAGGCUUAUUUCGAUUGCCAACUAUAACACAUCUCAUUAUAACAAUGACCUUUGGCAAAUAUUUGAAAACCCACUGGACUGGAGAGAGAAAUACAUCAAUCCCAACUAUACCCGAAUUUUCACUGACAACAUCUUGGAGCAGCCAUGCCCAGAUGUGUUCUGGUUCCCUGUGCUCUCGGAGAAAGCCUGUGAUGAGCUGGUGGAGGAGAUGGAAAACCAUGGUUCAUGGUCUGGUGGAAAACACGAGGACAAGCGUAUCAACGGAGGCUAUGAGACUGUCCCAACAGAUGAUAUUCAUAUGAAACAGAUCGAUUUCGAUAAGGAAUGGCUGCACUUUAUCAGAGAAUUCAUCUCCCCUGUCACUCUCAAGGUCUUCUCUGGCUAUUAUACCAAGGGCUAUGCGAUUAUGAACUUUGUGGUGAAGUACACUCCAAACAGACAAGCCUAUCUAAGACCACAUCACGAUUCCUCAACUUUCACCAUUAAUAUAGCUCUCAACAACAAGGGCUUAGAUUUCCAGGGGGGAGGUUGUCGAUUUCACAGAUAUAACUGUUCCAUAGAGUCUCCUAGAAAAGGUUGGAGCUUCAUGCAUCCAGGUAGACUCACCCACCUUCACGAAGGACUACCUACGACCAACGGUACACGCUACAUAGCAGUGUCCUUCAUAGAUCCUUAGACUCCCACAUAGUUCUAGUAGUUCUACACUAGGAAUUUACUAGUCUUGAUAUGUUUGUGUAGUGUCAGCUGUUUUUCUGUUUUUACUGAUUUAUUCUUGGUUUAUGUGUUGUGUGGCUGUUUGUAUUUGCUGUCUUUUGAAACAUUUACUACUGUCGAGAGAAAAUGCUGUUCAACAUAAGUUUAAUAAAGUCGACUGAUGCAUACACAUACAUACAUACACGCGUGCGUGCACUCUGGUAGACUUUCAUACAUAUAAACCUUGUUUCAUUACUUAAAAUUAUAUUAGAGAUUUGACCAUAAUUUUUGUAUUUUAGCAAAAAAGAAAUCAGGUGAGGUCAGUAACUCUUCUUUUAAACAACUUUGGUUCAGGGCGUUUAGCAAUAGCACUCGUUCACAAAAAAUCCUAUUUACUAGUUUGGAAAUUGUAAUUUUGAAAUUAUGUGCAUUUAAGUCAUACUCAUUGGAAGAAAAUGGACAUAACAUUUUUCUUAUUUUUAACAUCCCAACAAAAUACAGAAAGCUUUUUAGUGCCAGUGCAACAAAAUUAGGAGCAAAUGAAGCACAUUAUUUGUGUAAUUGUGCUUUAUCGUUACAAACUUUAGUGCUAUUCUUCUUCAACAGCACAUUAAAUGUCUAAAAACUAAAUUGUACCAUCGACGUUUUUCUACAAAUCUGAGAGAUGUAAGUGGCAAUGAAAUAACAUAUGACUUCAAUGGCUCUUCCAUGUAGCAGCUGACCAUGUUUUUAAAAGACAUGAAGUUAAUUAUAUAUACUGUCAACAAAAUAAUAAUAGUUUUGUAUGUUUGCACAACAAGAAAUGGCAAGAUUUAAAUGAAUCUAGUUGUUUUUUCUUGUUUGUUUUUUUGUUUUUUUUUUUUGUUUUGGGGGGGGGGGGGGUCUGAAGGUGUGUUUUUUUACUGUACAAUAUGAGGUAAAUAUGCCUUAUUUUCUGAACUGAAAAUGUCUCAGAGAUGUCAAAAUGUUUUACUUUCUCUUGUUCCUUACAAAUGUCUCUGCCAGGUCAGUCUCUUAACUUAUUUUGAAAUUUGUCGAAAUAAUAAAAUGUUUUAAAGAGAAAA